AUGCUACUCUUCGCAGUCUUACUGGCAUUGUUUGCCGCAAAUAUCGCUUCAGCUUUGCCUACCAUCUCCGUCAAAGGCGCCAAAUUCUUUGCUUCUGGGCAACAAUUUUACUUGAAAGGCAUGCUUUUCGCUCCUAUAUUCCGUUGGAUUCUACUGAUUAUAAUAGGCGUCGCAUACCAAGGAACUCCCGCUGAUCCUCUCGUCGAUACAAACCAAUGCCAACUCGAUGCCGCGUCUAUGCAAGCUAUUGGUACGAACUCCAUCCGCGUGUACCAUGUCGAUCCGUAUGUCAAUCACGAUGGCUGCAUGAAAGCAUUCUCCGAUGCCGGUAUAUACGUCUGGCUUGAUUUGGACACCUUCAACACAACUGUUGUCCAAACCGACCAGCAAUGGACAUUGGAACAAUUCGCCGCAUUCGCGCUAGUGAUGGACGUCUUUCAAGGAUAUGAUAAUAUCGGAGGGUUUUGGAUUGGCAACGAAGUUAUAAAUACGGCUUCUGGAUCUCCUGCAGCUCCCUACGUCAAAGCAGCAACGGCUGAUAUGAAGUCUUAUAUGGCAGCCAAGAAGUAUCGUACAAUUCCCAUCGGAUAUUCAGCUGCCGAUAUUGCUGAAUUACGUCCCAUGCUUCAAAAUUACCUUGCUUGCGGGGACACUCAGGACCAGAGCAUCGAUUUCUUUGGUCUGAAUUCAUAUGAAUGGUGUGGUGAUGCAACGUACGCCACUUCAGGAUACAGCAAUUUACAGGCCAUGGCGGAAGGAUACAGCAUCCCGAUCUUCUUUUCAGAGACAGGCUGCAAUGUAGGCGGCGAACGCACCUUCCAAGAUCAAACUGCUAUCUUUGGAUCAGGAAUGGCAGGUACCUGGAGCGGAUCCAUCAUUUACGAAUGGGUUCAAGAGACGAACGAUUAUGGAUUGGUCACCUAUCCAGGAGGUGGCAUAUAUACUGGUGCACCGACUCCCAUUCAACCCGACUACAACAACCUUCAGACCGUAUGGAAGUCUGUGGACCCGCCCGCCGUCCAAGAAGCAGAUUAUUCACCCAGCUUGGUUGCUCCUGCCUGCCCAAGUGCCUCUGCUGGGUGGGCAGUGAACGGCAAUGUGCCCCUUCCUACCUUGGGUAGUGGAAGCUGGAACAAUAUCGUCGCAAGCUCUUUCUCUCCUCCUCCACCAGCAACAACAACUUCAUCUUCCAACCCCAUCUCGAGCUCCACCAGUCUUGCUUCGAAAUAUACCUCGACCUCUGCAGCAUUGAACUCUGUCGUAUCACCUCUCUCAGCAGAAGUGUCUACAGGAUCAUCAGGUAUGAUACGCACUCCCCUCCUCCACUCCACUCUCCCACCUUCCCUAGAAUUGAGAUCAUUGUAUCUCCCACUCUGCAUCUUUGGUGCGAUAGUCCAUUGA